AUGGUCUUCCUUUUUGCGAAAUCCUUUGUUGGGAUGCUAUUCGUCGAAGAAAGAAGUCUUCGCCGGAGUUUGUCUUCGUCGGAGUUAACUGCUUGUGUUGGACUGGUCUUCGUCGAAGGAGUGGCCCUCGUUGGAGGACUGGAGAGGGUUGAUGACUGGAGAGGGACAAAGAGAUCCUACUUUCUCUAUCUCGAAGUGGUGUUUUUUUUGGAGGAUUGGGAAUUGCUGGAGAUGUCGAAAGCUGGAGCUUUGGAUCUCGCAUCUGGUCUUGGUGGAAAGAUUGAGAAAGACGAUGUUCUCUCCGCCGUGGAUAAGUAUGAGAAGUAUCAUGUCUGUUAUGGAGGUGACGAGGAAGAGAGAAAAGCCAACUACACGGACAUGGUGAAUAAAUACUAUGAUCUUGUUACCAGCUUCUAUGAAUAUGGCUGGGGAGAAUCAUUCCAUUUUGCGCCCAGAUGGAAAGGAGAGUCUCUUCGGGAGAGCAUUAAGCGACAUGAGCACUUCCUUGCUCUACAACUAGGCCUAAAACCGAAGCAGAAGGUGUUGGAUGUAGGAUGUGGAAUUGGUGGACCAUUAAGGGAAAUUGCUAGAUUCAGCUCUACAUCAGUGACAGGCCUAAACAACAAUGAGUAUCAAAUAUCUAGGGGAAAGGCACUUAACAGCAUUGUUGGAGUGGACCAGACCUGCAACUUCGUGAAGGCUGAUUUCAUGAAAAUGCCAUUUCCUGACAAUACCUUUGAUGCGGUUUAUGCAAUCGAAGCUACCUGCCAUGCUCCUGAUGCAGUUGGAUGCUACAAAGAGAUAUUUCGGGUAUUGAAGCCUGGUCAAUGUUUUGCUGCAUAUGAGUGGUGUAUGACUGAUUCCUUUGACCCCAAUAACCAAGAACACCAAAAGAUUAAGGGAGAAAUUGAGAUUGGUGAUGGUCUCCCUGACAUCAGGUUGACAAGGCAGUGCCUCGAAGCUCUGAAGAUGGCAGGUUUUGAAGUUAUACGGGAGAAAGAUCUUGCGGUGGGCUCACCCGUCCCUUGGUAUUUGCCUUUGGAUAAAAGUCACUUUUCGCUCAGUAGUUUCCGUCUAACUGCAAUGGGACGUUUUAUUACCAAAAAUAUGGUCAUGGCCCUAGAAUACGUCGGCCUUGCGCCCAAGGGAAGUCAGAGGGUGCAGUUAUUCUUAGAGCAAGCAGCAGAAGGGCUUGUUGCCGGUGGAAAGAAAGAGAUCUUCACGCCACUGUAUUUCUUCUUGGCUCGGAAGCCUCAGUCUGAUGUGCUGUAA